AUGAAGCUAUCAUUCAAGCUCCAAGAAGACAAGAACCCAGUCUUGAAAGCCAGAAUACCCAUUUCCAUAUUUAGCCAACCCUUCGUUUCGAGCCUUACCACCACCCCUCCAACCACCACCGAUUCCAGCGGCGGCGGCAGCGGCAGCGGCAGCGGCAGCAACAAAUCCUCUCAAAAUACCUCCUUUUCUCUUUCCACGAAUUUCCCUUCUGGCCCUUGCUUCAAACUCUCUUAUGCACCCUCGGCUUCCUCUUCCAUCACAAUCCCUUUCUCUCUUUCUCUAAAAUCGGGUCUUGGCCUCUUUGGCUCCCCUAAAGAUUCCCCUCUUAUUUUCUCUGCCCACUUUUCCCUUUCAUCGGUUAACCCUGGAACUAUAAUCCCCACGUUCGCUCUCCAUUUCAAGCCCCAAUUUGGCAACUUUUCUUUGUACAAGGCCACUUCAUCCAAACCUAGCCUUGAACCAGAUUCUAGGCCUCACCAUGUUUUAGGACAAUCUGCUUCACCUUCGAAUUCCGAGUUUGGAACCCCUGAUUCGGCUUCGGUUUGGCAAGAUGUGAAAUUGGAACCUCGGAACGCAAGUGAUGAUGGGCUUGACACCCUUAAGUUUGGGUAUGGUAAUGGUUUAUAUUCAACCGAUGGGUUUGGUAUGGAGAGGUCAUUGGUGAGGAAAGAUGACGACAAAGCUGGGAUUUUUGGUGGAAUUGCUGUUAGAGCAAGAACAAUGUUUCCUGUGACAAAAAGGGCGGUGGUGAAACUAAGGUGGAUUGUGAAUAUGCCUUCAGACCUGGGCUCCAAAAUGCCUUAUUUGACAAUAAACAAGAUUGGGGUUGAGAAGAUUGAAGAAGCUAAGGAAGCCAAGGUAGAGAAAAACAAGAGCAUGGCAAGGAACGAUGAUGAACUUGAGUUGCUGAAAGGCAUGUAUUCGUGGAUGAGAAGGGAUUUGGAUAUGUUGGAGGAUGAGAAUAGGGAAAUGAAGCAGUGUCUAGAAGGUAUGAAACAUGAGAUAUUGGCCAGGAAAGCUAGUAGGGAAAAUGAAGGUCAUGGGUGGAGGGCUCCCACACCUCCCGUGAAGAAUUCAAACGACUUUGAGCGAUGGAGGAACAAGAAAAAUUCAGCUGAAGACAACGGUGGAAAAGAAGGGAAGAAGACUGCAAGCAAGUUGAGUGAGGUGGAGAAUGAAUUGCAGAAAGCUAUCAAAGCUUCUCCCACUUAA